GGAAAAGAUGGAGAAAGAGAAGAGAAAAAUGGAGGAAGAAAUGAGCCUGAAGAAGGAGGAGGAGGAGAGCAAAAAGAGCAAUAAAGAAAACAUGAGAAUACAGGAGGAGGUGAGAACUAUGGAGCUUGAGGAGAGAAAGAAGCAGGAUGAGAUGAGGACAAAUAACGAAGAGCAGGAGGCUGAUGAUGGAAAAAAGAUGGCUCAGGAAAAGCUUAAUGAAGAGAUGAGGAGGAGGGGUAAAAGUAAACAUGGAAAUGCAGAUGAAGAAAUUAAAUUUGUGGAGAGGAAAAAGAAGGACGGGGGAAAGAUGGAGGAGAAGAGGGAGGUGAAGGAAAUGGUAAGAGAACAGGAAGGGAAAAAAAGAAAACAUAAAGAAGAACUUGGACCCAUUGAAGAGGAUGAGGAGAGGAAAACGGACUAUGAAAAGAAAACAAAAGAGGAAGAACAGAAGAGGAAGCAGAGGGAUGAAGUGUAUUCCAGAAUAAGGCUUAAAGAGGAUCAGGAGGGGUGUAAAGGCUCUGAUUUGUACAACAGAAAGUUGGAACACGAGAGCAAAACAAAAGAAAAGAAACAGGAUGAGACGAGCAAAAGGGAGGAGGAGAUAAAAAAUGUGGAGGGAGAGAAGCAGCUGAAGGGAAAAUUUAUGGGAGAAACCAAGAAAGAGGUGCCCGAAAAAACAGAAGAAGAAAUUAGACUCAAAGUAAAGGAGGGGAGCCAAAAGAGAGUGGUGCAAGACAGGGAAAAGGACGUAAGAGCAAAUGAGCUGCAAGAGAAAAGAGAAAAUAACAGCAUGAAUAAAGAUGAAACAGAAAACUCCCUAGUCUCACAACUACAAGACAGCACCACCUGGACUUCCUCAAGCCCUGGUCCUUCACACAGUGAGUCUACAGUCAGGCCCACCAGUACUGAAACCGUACCACAACAACAUGACCCAGAAGAGACCAUCAGUCAGACCUCCAUAGAUAAAACUGUGGACUGCGAAAAUCAAGCAGCAAGGCCUUCCCCUGUGUUUUUGCCCGUGUGCCUCCCGGUGCACACAGAGAACAAGAGGCUGUCAUGGAUGAAAGACUGCAUCCCCUGGUCCAAACUCUCCCUCCAGAACAAGAGGAAGCAGAAAGGAUCCGUUCGGAGUCGGAGGGGGCUGAGAGGCGCUGCCGAGGCCGGCAGUCUGCCACCUCUCUGCCCAGACACUUUGCUUCAGUUCACAGGCAGGAAAUCCCUGCAAGUGAUGACUACAGUGACCCUGGAGGACUUGCCUGGCUGUAGCUUAACCACUCUCGCUCAGUGUACUCAACUUCAGUCCCUCACCCUCAGACGCUGUGGCCUCAAAUCCCUGGAAGGCAUCAACCAGAUACCACAGCUCUGCUACAUCGAUGUACAGGAAAACGACAUCUCAUUUGUCAACUGUGAAAAUAUGACUAGUUUACGAGUUCUUCAACUCGGUCACAACAAGCUGACGUCCAUCCAUGGUUUAACUGGUGCUGAAAAUUUGGAUGUUCUAGACCUUUCACACAACUCCAUCACCCGCAUUGCUGGUUUGGAGUCUAUGAGGAGACUGCAGAGGUUGUCAUUGGAUCACAACCAGCUGAUCAGCACCAAAGGACUGAGGGACGUGUUCACUCUCCUGCACCUGAACUGCUCACACAACCACCUGGCAAGCGUGGAAGGUCUGGAGAACAGCGCUCUGCUCAACACACUGGACCUGAGAGCCAACAGCCUCACUGAGCCCCCCAGUCUGAACAACCAGGUCCUCCUCAGAGAGCUGCAUCUAGACGACAACAGCAUCUCCUUCCUGCAGGGCCUCACUGCUUGCUGGCUCCCUCUCAUGCAACAUCUCUCUGUGGCCCAAAACCGAAUUACCCAGCUGCCCUCCAUGACUGAUUCUGUGUCCCUUGCGAAUCUGGAUCUUCGAUUUAACUGCAUGUCAGAGCUCCAGAACGUGUGUUACAGUCUGGAGGGAUGUCCAUCCCUGCGAGAGGUCCACCUCACAGGGAAUCCUCUUCAGCAGGAGAGUGGCUGGAGAUCCACUCUGCAGAAAGCAGUGCCUGGGCUGAGGGCCAUCGAUGACCAGGACACAGACUCUUUUCUACCGCCCCGUGCUGUUCAACAGGUCAGCUUGGCUCCGGGCAGCUUCCUAGCGUUCUGCCAGGCUCAGCUUCAGCAGACUGGUGAUUUACAGCAGCAGCACAGCAGGGAGCUCAGUAAUGCCUCAUCUUCCCUGGAUGCUGUAAAGACCUCCUGCCGACACUUCGCUGAGGCUCUGCAGCUGGCUAUGGACCAGAGAUUUGCCCAUGAAUAUGGUGACACCACUGUGGCUACCAAACACAGGGCUGCAAGCCAACCAAAACCUGAGGAAAGACUUGGACACAUGGACAGCACCAAUGCUGAGAAGUGUACUAAGUGCCCAGAAAUGGAGUCCACUGAAAAAGUCCAACCAGUUCUUUCAAACAAGGACAAUAUCAGAUACAAAUACUGGACUUUUGAGGAGAAGUUAGCUGCAGAGAGUCGGCAUUACUCAUUUGAGACUGUUGCAAGAGGUCCAAAGACAGAGCCAACAAUUUGCAGAGCUUACUCUGGCAGUGUUCACUCCUCUGCAACAAAGGGAAAACCAACUUCUUCCAAUAACAAAAUGGCACCUGUGUCCAACCAUCAAGACCUGGACCUCCAAAACACAGCAGCAGUCGUGAUUCAGCAGCUGUGGAGGAAAUAUAGACUGAAAUGUGAGAACAUCAGCAGCCUUUCCACAGCUGAGAAAGGAGGUGGAAGUGGUGGAGAUGGAGGAAAGCCAGAGUCAGGACCUGGGAGCAUUGUUGGCCAAGAUUACGCAGCAACUGUCAUCCAGGCGUUUUGGAGGGGCUUCACUCUGAGGAGGAGGCUCGCAUCUGCUCUGGCUGCUGUCACAUGCCCCGACACCGGAGAGGACGACACCUUUGAGGAGGUGGACAUGGAUGAAUGUGUUUUUGAUGAGGCAGCGCUGGAGAUUGACUGGACAUUGUCGCUAACUGAGGACCCACCUCCUAGACGUUACCCUGUGUCUGAGCAGCCACUGUCUCUGAAGCCUCCUGGGCACUUUCCUGAACCUUCCCAGUACAUACUCCCACCACCGCUUGUAUUGAGGCCAAAGCAGGCCUGGGUGCCCGAAGAAAAGGUGGACUCUGCUGGACAGAGGCUUUCCCCAGAGAGCCCCAUCAGAGGCAAAUCCCCUGCUUCAACCUCAAUGCUCAGCAGUCUCUCUGAAAGAUCAGAAAAGAUUCUGGAAGAAUGGGGCUUCACCGACAGCCACACAGCCCUUCUGAUGCUCAAGAGAGCCCAGAAGAUGAAAUCAACGAAGCAACAGCAGAAGAAACGUAGAGAUCCAUCUGUCCGUCUUGCCUUGUUCAGAAACUGCAGUCCCCAACUUGGUCCAGUGGAGGCACGAAACAUGCCAGCACAACACAACAGGAAUUAUUUAAGAGUUGGUGUGGCUGAGCUGGGCCUUCAGCAGGCAGAGAUGGUGGAGCGAGUGACGCAGGAGCGGGCUGAGCAGUGGCUGCGCACCCAGGCUGCUCACUCUGACAGGGACUCGGAGAGCGAGCAUUUCUUACCGGAGAUCAGCUCAGAUAUUCUCAACGGUGGCAGAGUGCAGCUUGUGGCUGACCCAGGAUAUACAGAACGUCUACAUCAGGCCAAUGGAUUGUGGGCCAACAGCAGUUUAGCUGCCCAGCCUUGCCAAGAGAACAAUUAUCCUCGCAGAAACUCUUUGGGUCGUGCAAGAAAAGAGGUUCCAUCUCCUCAGCGAGUCACAUCAGCUCCGUCAAAAAAGGAGCGCAUCUCCUACCGAGACAACCCUGUCCAGUUGAGCGGCGGCUGGGGAGGGGGCAAGAAGAGGGACAAAGUGUACAAGUAAAACACAAACUCUUCUGCUACCACGUCACUUUCUUUUGCUGGCCUCAUCCAACACCCAGAGCAACUUAAAGACAGAUACAGUUGGUAUUUGUCCCUCUUCUAAUACAUAUCUGUAAAAAAAAAAAAAAAUGCAGCAUUUUCAAAACUACGUAUAUGUGUAUUUAGUUCAGGAAAGCAUGUUUAUGCAACAUUUGAAUGCAACGUAAUGCUAACAACAACUGUGUUGUGGUAUGAACAGGUAUUUGUGCUAAAAACGCAAAUGGAAUGACUAGAUUUAAACCAAUAAUUUCAGGCAAUUUUUUCCUUCCACGAAGAAGACUUUCUUUAUUUUUUAUUUAUAAUGCCAUUUAAUCGCCUGUGCUGAAUACCCCUGCAGCUGUUCUUUUUCAACUCAGCUGAAAACUCGAGCUCCCUGUCCUGAAAAUUAAUUAAACCCAAUAGGACCUGGACCAGCCCAAAUAUCUUCAGGCAGUUCCAUUAUGUUGAUUCAGCUCAAGUAUCACUGCCUGAAUGUGAUCGCAGCCAACCAGCAACAAAACACAUGGAACAAAAUGCCACGCUUCAUAUGCAAAUCAUAGCAGAAAAUAAGAACCAGGAUCUUUUUAAUACCUGUGGAUUCGUGUGUCUUUGGAUGCUGAACUGUUGUUUCUCUGCUGAUUUACUCCCUUGACAAAAAAAUAUAGUAAUUACAGUUUGUAGGCAUGGGAAGAGACCCGCUUUUUCCACUUCUGCUGUGCUCUCUUAAGAGUAAAGUUUGAUAAAGCCCAGAGAUCCCCAUUCUGUGGCUAUAUUUAGCUCCUGCUCGCCAACAGUGGCCUUGAAAUUGCUGCUUUUAUCAGCCGAGCACAAACAUUGGUGUUAGAAUUAGAACGAUGUUUUCUUUAUUUCCAGUCGUGGAUUAUAAUAGCCGUGUCUGUGUAUUUGAAUUUGGAGAGCUAAGGCGUCCGUCCGCAAACACUGCCCUACCGGAGGCAGCGAACCUCAGGCUUGGAGGUUCCUCCUCCCUGGUCCACCGCCUGGAAAUGAUAACUUAAUGAAUGUCAAAACAAAUAGCCUUAGCUGCAGAGUGGCUCCCUGGCAGGAAAUGCACGUAUGUAUAUUUAUUUUUCUCCUGUCUUUUCACUUGCACAUGUCUGGAAGGUGUGUUUUGACUGUACACGAGCUGAUGGGGGAUUUUUUUUGUCUUGGAGAGUGGCGUAUGCCAGAAAUGUGGCAGUCCUGCCCACUUGGGGAUUGUUGUGAAACCCAAGAGCCCUGUCUUCUUCCAGGGGGAGACUGAUUCUUCAUCAGGCUCUCUGUGGGACAUCAAGGGGCUGUUUCUGUCAACAAACUGUCAUUACACAACUCUGGAGAUACUGGAGAAUUCAGAUUUUUAUUGCACAAUCAACAUGAAAAGACAGGUGACAUAAAAGUACUUUCAGAGUUCUUCUCUACAACUAUUGCUUCUGAAAUGAGAUUGUUAAACCAUCAUCCACCAGUCUUCAUUAGAUGUGUUUACUUUUGGGUUAUGGGUAAAUUAUAUGUAACCUUAGACAUCCCAAAUCCAUUGCCUGGUGAAAUGAGUGCUCCACCGCACAUUUAGAUACGCCGAAGAAUGUCCCUGUCAGCCCAGACUGCUCUGCCAGCGUGACCUCAAGUCAGCAAAUGUUGUCAGAUGGGAGUCUGGUCAAAGUGCUUUCUUCAAAUGCAUUAAAGGACUGUAACUGUGUG